AUGGCUCCAAAGGUACCAUCGUUCGGAUCGCAGGAAUACUGGAACAGCCGCUUCACUUCUAAUAUCGACCCUUUCGAAUGGCUCGAGGCGCCCGACGCUCUUGAUUUGUAUAUCACCAAUGUGUUGCGAGCCACUGGCGAGCUCAAGCCGGAACUGUUACACAUUGGCUGCGGGACGUCGUUGCUGUCUUAUCAUAUCCGCGCGCAUGUCAAGGAUCCGAACCAAAUACAUAAUCUGGAUUAUUCUGAGGUCGCCAUUCAUCUCGGCAAGCAGCGCGAGCACGAGUUGUACCCUGCUAGGUGCAAUGGUAAUGGUAGGAGUAGCGCGAAUGCACCUGCAUGCAUGCGCUGGGACACAGUUGACGUCCUCAACCAUACCUCCCUUCUCGCUGCAUGUAAACCUCGCGCGUACGCAGUCAUAAUAGAAAAGUCUACCUCAGAUGCAAUUUCUUGCUCAGAAGACGUUCAUAUUCCGCUGCCGUAUCCCAUUGCCAUCCGCUCGUACACUCCUAUAGAUAUGGAGCUGAGGCAGUCGUCCGAACCUAUACAUCCCCUUUAUAUCAUGGCCGUUAAUCUUGCACUUGUAGCAAGACCUGGAGCACGCUGGAUCGCACUUUCUUACUCAAACGACCGAUUCCCCUUUCUUAACGCGUCGUCAAAUACACUCCUAGAAGAUCACCUGUUCCCGGACCCUCGCGUACUAUGGACCCUCGUGAAGAAGCGUGAAGUGGAAGGAGCCAAAUCACAACCACCUGAAGACGGCGAUAGUAGUUCGGUAACUCAUAGACCCCGAGUGCUCAACUGGGUAUAUGUACUGGAACGCACGAAUGUCCCACUUUUCGUUCGAGGAGAUAAUAUUUAA